UGACUCAGGCCGGGCUCAGCCGGAAUUUCUGCCCCGGCCGCCCCUCCCUGGCCGGGAUCGCCGGGAUCGCCGGUGCCGGUGCCAUAAAUCCGGGACGGGACCGGGACAGCACCGGGAGGGGACGGGACAAGGACCGGGACAGGGACAGGGAUGGAGCCGCUGGAGCUGCCCCGGGGUUCCUGCUGUUCCUCGGGGCCGGGGCUGUCCCCGGAGAUGUCCCCAGGGCUGUCCCCGGGGGUGUCCCCAGGGGGCUGCGAGGAGAGCGAGGCCUGGCUGGGCCCGGGGGGGUCCCCCCGGCCGUGUCCCCACGGAGCCCCCGCCGAGGGAGCGGCCCCCGAGCUCCGCGAGCCCCCCACGGAGGAUGACAUCUACUGCCGCUGCCUGUCGCGCACGCUGUGCCACACGGCCACGCCCGUCACCGUCGGCUUCUACGCGCCCUGCGGCCACCGCCUGGAGUCCCUGCUGGCCAAGGUCACCGCCUUCAUGCGGGAGGAGAUGGCCCAACGCGAGGCCGCCGAGCUGCGCCGGGGCCACCGCAAGCCGCGCAGCCCCCACGGCUGGGGCCUGCUGGAGGCCCUGUGGCUCCUGGCCUUCUACGAGCCCGUGGUGACCGAGGGCCACCUGCGCAGGAAGAACCUGGAGUUCAUCUUCAUCCGCUUCAGCGCCUGGGAGUUCGCGGGCUGCGACAAGCUCUGGGCGGGGCUGGUGACCACGCUGUGCCACCGCGUCCGGCAGCACUUCGGCGCGCUGCCGCUCAGCGUCUUCCACGUGCUGGGCUCGCGGCCGCGCUUCGCCUCCGGCUUCUCGCAGCGCGAGUGGAUCCUGAAGAAAGGGACCUGCCUGCGGCUCUGGGGGCUGCUCCUGGUGCUGGCGGCGGGCAUCGCCAUCCUCCUGGUGGCGCUGCUGGUGCCGGGCAUCAAGGACCACCACGCCCUCAAGGUGGUGGGCAGCGCCGUGGCCUCGCUGUCGGGCUCCUCGCUGGUGCUGGGAGCGUUGUCCAUCCUCAAGAACUUCCUGGUCAGCGAGAAGAAGAAGAUCGAGCGCUUGACCAACAGCGACAGGUUCGCCGGGCAGUUGGGGUUCAUGAGCAAAAUCCGCGAGGAGGUGGAGGUCCUGGUGGAUUAUUUGGCUUUCAUGGAAGUCUUCGAGCGCCGGCGGCUGCGCGUGGUGAUGGAGAUCACCAGCCUGGACCUCUGCUACCCGGAGAAAGUGGCCGGGGUCUUCAACGCCAUGGCCACGCUGCUGUCGGACGCCAACGCGCCCUUCAUCUUCCUGCUGGCCGUGGACCCCAGCGUCAUCGUGCCGUGCCUGGAGCAGACGGGCUGCAUGAAGGGGCUGGCGGACAACGGCUACCUGUACCUGAACCGCGCCGUCACGCUGCCCUUCUCCAUCCCCGAGAUGGGCGCCCGCUCCCGCCUGCGCAGCGUGGCCGCCGCCAUCCAGACGCGCGAGGACCUCAUGUACCGCAUCAUCGCCGGCAACGUCGCCAAAACCCGCGGCGCCGGCGGCACCGGCGGCACCGGCGGCACCGGGACGGCGCCCAGCUGGAAGGAGGCGGAUUCCGAGGCGGUGGCGUGGAUCCACGAGGCGUUCCGGUGCCUCCACGACGCCUCGGACGUUUUGUGCCGCUACCUGCCGGAGAACGGCGCCAACGUCCGGCGCAUCGUCAACACCAUCCCCAUCACGCUGCGGCUGCUGCUGCACCGCGCCGCCGGCACCGCCGCCGUCGCCGAGCUGUCGCCGCGCGCCGCGGCCGCCUGGGUGGUGCUGGCCGACCGCUGGCCCUGCCGCCUCAGCUGGACGCUGCAGUGCCUGGAGGACGCCGGGCAGGGCGCGGCGGAGGCGGCGGAAUGUUCCGGCAAAUCGCUCUGGAGCGUUUUCCAGGAGCACGCCGGGGAGCUGAGCGCGCUGCGGCAGCCGCUGGGCAAGGUGCUGAGCCUGGACGGGGACCCCGAGCUCUUCCAGGCCUUCCUGGCGCGGGAUUUCCCCUUCGGCGCCGGCGAGGCGCGGCGCCUGCUCGGCGUCACCGUCAACCUGGACCACUCCAUCCGGCAGCAGAUGGGGCUGCUGCGGGCGCUGGCGCGGCUGGGCAGGGCCGCGCCCGUGUCCCGAGGGGUGCAGUGCGCCCCGCACGGCGCCCGGUGAGGGAGAGCGGUCGGGGAUUUGGGAUUUGGGAUUUGGGAUUUGGGAUCGGG